AGGGACAUGUCCAUAAUGUAGCUGCGUUCAAUGACUAAAAAGGGGGAAGCACAAAGAAAUAGCCUCUUUUUCUAAGAUUAUUUCCACAGGCCGAACACACCUACAAAUCGACUCGAAGACAAACUCGGGCAGCUCGUUUUUAAUCUCGUUUUUAUUGUGUAAAAGUGAAAAAAAUCAGACUAUUGUGUUGGAAGUUUUCCUCUGCCUGCUGCCCCUGCUAGUUAGCUAGCCCUCUUGAGUCAACGCUUCGAGUUUGCUUCUCUUCGUGUUUUUGACGAACUUACUCAACUUCUUCGUUUUUUGUUUUACUUUUAUUCUUGGAGUGAUGUAUAUUAUUAUAAAAAAGGACUUGAUUUCCCGGACAGCGUUGCUGAUUUCAAGGUCUGAAUGAUGGAGCAGAUUUGAAAGACGAUGUCCUCUUAAGUUUAUGGUUUUUAGGUUUGACAGGUAAAGCUCUGGUUUGUGGCAGAUCUGGUCAAGGCCCGAGGGUAUGUUGAGACAUCUCAGCACGCCAGAGAAGAGGUGUCUAGGCGGUUCGGACGGGGACUGAAGGCGAGGAGGACAGACUGACAAGGGACCAGGGAGGAAGACAUGGGCCAGUGUGUCACAAAGUGUAAGAAUCCAACGUCCUCACUCGGCAGUAAGAGUGGAGACAAAGAGAGCAGUUCCAAGUCCCACAAGAGAAUCGACAGCGCUAGUGGUGGGGUCCACAAAGAGGAUUCUAGCGCGCUGUCAAGCAAAUCCACCAGCGAGCUGCUGAAUGGCACCAAGGCCCUAGAGGUCACCGUGGAAACGCCCAUCAUCUCCUCAGCGAUGAGGGAACCCUGCAAAGAUGAAAGCCUGGAUGGUGAUGGGCUGUCAAUGGCGCGCAUAGAGGAGCUUUUCAAUCACUAUAAGGACGAACUGGAAGACGCCAUCUUGGAGGAGGGAAUGGAGAGGUUCUGUAAUGAUCUCUGCGUGGACCCGGCAGAGUUUCGUGUUCUUGUCCUCGCCUGGAAGUUUCAAGCAGCCACCAUGUGCAAGUUUACGAGGAAGGAGUUUGUUGAAGGCUGCAAGGCCAUCAGAGCGGACAGCAUCCAGGGUAUUUGUUCCCGCUUUCCCUUCCUGCUGGUGGAAGCUCAGGGAGAGGAGAACUUUAAGGACCUUUACCGCUUCACCUUCCAGUUCGGCUUGGACGCGGACGAGGGCCAGCGGUCGCUGCAGCGCGACAUCGCCAUCGCUCUUUGGCGACUGGUUUUCACUCAGGACACACCUGAGAUCCUGGAGCACUGGCUUGACUUCCUGGCAGAGAACCCGUCGGGUGUGCGGGGCAUCUCAAGAGACACGUGGAACAUGUUCCUAAAUUUCACUCAGGCCAUCGGGCCAGAUCUCAGUAACUACAGCGAGGACGAGGCCUGGCCCAGCCUCUUUGACACCUUCGUAGAAUGGGAGUUGGAGCGCAGGAAAAAAGAGGAGGAACAGGGACUGUUGACGAAGGACGAAGAAGGGAGGUGUACAGAAACGAACUGUCCCUCCACAGACAGACUGGAAACAGAGGGGGGCCGUGGCUCACAGACCUGGGGAGGGCACUGAUCCGAAAACAGAAGAUAUUUCUAUCAGAGGGAAGAGUAUGAUCUAUAAAUGAACUGGACACUUGGGAAUUAUUGGAUGGAGAUUAGUAUUACCAUUUCAGCUUUUCAUUUAGCUCCUCUUUAUGUUGGAAUGGGAUUCCUGCUACUCCAUUUAUUUUCCUCUUUUCAAAAGGGCUCUGAGAACUGUUGUUUUAAGCACUUCUAUUUAAGUUAUUGUUUUACCUUCUCCCAUCUUUUAGUAAUUGAACAUAUGCUCCUUUUUUUUUAUGUAUUCAGGGUGGCUAAACAGAAUUGGCUCAGUAAAGAGUUGGGGUAAUAAUUGCAUUACAACCAUAUCUAGCAUCCCCAAGUUUUUACCUGGUCACACAUUUAAAAGUCAAAGUCAGAAUAGAAAAAAUAAACGUGACGACUGUUAUAGAGAUGGAAAGGUUUUCAUUUUGCAGUGUUUUAAGUAUAAAUUACCAUCAUGAAUAGAUUUUAAUCAUGUCACGAGGACAUUUCAGUUUUAAAGCAUCACUCAUUGCUUAUUUUUGCACAGUUUUAUCAGCCCAACCCCCUCUUAAUGUCGAGUGUUUGGAGCUCUGCCCAUCGCUUCAAGCAGCUUUUUUUACCCACUUCAUCCAGAAAUGUUGAUGUCAACCUUCUUUCUAAGGCAAAGGCUUUCAUCCACUGCAUCGCUCAUCUCACCGAUUUUAAAAUAGCUCAUCAAAGUAAGCUUAUAGCUAAAUCUGUGAGUAAUUUGUGCAGAGGUUGCAUGAUCUGUCUCUAAGCACCUCACAAGCUCAUAGUUUAAUGCAAGAGUUUCACUCUUCACACCCUUGAACUGUGAUUAAAAAGAGCAGAGUUUACACGUCAUUAAUGAUGCAAAUAAUAAUGCUGCUGGUAGUGGUUGUAAUGAUGAACCCCCCAUGGCCUGCUAAUUUGCUGUACUUGAAAUACUUUGCAGAGAGAUCAAUAUUAACCAUAUAAUUACUGUCGGAAAGAUUUUUUUUUUUUCUUUUGGUCGGAUUUAGAAAAAGGUGUUUUGGAACCAGUGUUAAAGUAAACCUGCUGGUUGAUCAAGACUCUGGGAUGAAAAUGGUUUAUUAUGAAGAGAGGGAGACCAUUUCUUGAAUUUGUUGGGUUUAAAUCUAAUAUGGUUUUAUCUUAAGCCCACUUUUUUUAUAAGAAGUGUACUGAUUUAUAAUAAAUAAAAACAGUGUUGGAUUUUUCUUUUUGAGCUUAAAAACUGGUUUUAUUGAA